AUGUCUGCAGAAACCGCAACUCAACCAAUCAAUACAGCGAAUGCUUCUCAAGAUGCUGAUCCUUCACCUUUAACCAAGGUUGAUUCAGCCGUUCAAGGCUUAUCGAGUAGUCCUAUUGAUGAAAAGACUACUAAACAUCGGAGAACAAGCUCGAGUGCUCCUGGUGUAUGGAAUAUUAAUGACUUGGAGAAAGAGGGAAAAGAACUAGAGAUUGCGAAAGAAACUCAGAAGCUGAACUGGCGUAUAAACAAAUCACCAAUGGCUCUCGAUGAUCCAGAAAAGGCUUUCCUGAAGAAAUCUCUUACUACACCACCAGUCAAGAAGAUUGAUUUACAUUUCCCCUCUGGGAUUGGAAGUUACGGCGAGAAAUAUGAAGGGUGUUACUAUUAA